AUGACAGACACAUCUGAUAUAAAAGAGAUGUAUGAAAAAAUGUUCAUUAAACGCUUCACAGAACAGGACGCAGAGUACCAGGAAUAUGUGAGCAGGCCUGAGAGCCAGCCUCCCAUUGUUGAAGACUGUUUUGGAGGGUACCAAAGAAACCAGGAUAGGUAUCGAGAUAAUAGACGUCAACGGAACUGGGAUAAUAGACGUGACUCCUACAACAGCUAUAACCAGCACCAUGGAGGUAGCGGAUGGGGUAACAGCCACCACCAAUACAGACAGGAGCGCUCUCACCAUCACCAGGACAGACACCAUAACUAUAAUUCUGACCAUCAAAGAUUCCAUCCUUAUCGUUAAGGAAAUUUCCUUGUCACCCUU